CCUGUGUCAGGAUGUUGCUGUGUGUGUUGGCGGCCCUUCUUCUGAUCAACCUUUCCGAGGUGUCCGAAGCCCGGUACCUUCCGACGAGGGCGAAGGUCGAUCGUUUGGACAAGUUGAGAGAACUUCUCAAAGAGUUGUUGGAGAGCGAAAUCGAGAAGGAAGAGUACCAAGCCCAAGAUGCUCCACCCAGGUGGCACCCGGAGCAGAAGCUCUUCUACAAGAGGGAAAUCCCACAAUAAACGCAACACGAUAACAAUAAACAAGACACGACACGAAUUAACCGACAACUUACGUAGAACUCCUACAAAUUUCAUCAAC